AUGACCUUAACCAAGAUGGAACUAACUCCAAAACUAUUGAUUCUUGGUUUCAUUCUUCCUUCUCUUCAAUCUAAGGAGAGUUUGCAUGGUUGGUAUCAUUCACUCUUGCCAGAUACUACCAAGCGCGUUAUUUUCUCAUACCAAAACAUAGUUGAUGGAUUUGCGGUUAAAUUGACCACGGAAGAAGCCAAGGCUUUAGAAAAGAAGGAGGAGGUUCUGUCAACUCGACCGGAGAAAAUCUUUUCAUUACACACAACUCAUACUCCGAGUUUCUUGGGGUUGCGACAGAAUCAAGAAUUGUGGCAAAAUUCCAAUCUCGGUAAAGGGAUCAUAAUUGGAGUCCUGGACACAGGAAUAUACCCUUUGCAUCCUUCUUUUUCUGACGAAGGAAUGCCGUCUCCACCUGCAAAAUGGAAAGGACGUUGCGAAUUCACCGGAGAAGCAACAUGCAACAAUAAGCUCAUAGGUGCAAGAAAUUUAGUCAAAAGUGCAAUUAAAGAGCCUCCAUUUGAAAAUUUCUUCCAUGGAACACACACAGCUGCAAAGGUUGCAGGGAGAUUCGUAGAAGAUGCAAGUGUUUUUGGAAAUGCUAAAGGUGUAGCAGCUGUUAUGGCAACUAAUGCUCACAUAGCAAUGUACAAAGUUUGUGCUAGUGGCACUUGGGAAUGCUACGAAAGUUCUAUCUUAGCUGCAAUGGAUAUAGCUAUUGAAGAUGGUGUAGAUGUUCUUUCACUCUCUCUUAGUUUGGAUUCUUCUGUUUCAUUUUUUGAAGACCCAAUUGCAAUUGGUGCAUUUGCUGCUACACAAAAAGUAGUUUUUGUUAGUUGUUCUGCUGCAAACUCCGGCCCUGAAUACAGCACUCCCUCAGCUACUUGGAUCUUCACAAUGGGUGCAAGCACAAUUGUUGUUACUGUGUUUUCGGUUCUUAUGAUACAGAGAUGGAUGUUUUUGUUCAAAGUAUACAGGUACAAUAUCAGAAAAAUUAUUGAGAGGGGCGAAGACUUUAUUUGA